UCUGCGAAACCCUAGCCCGGCCACUAUAUAACCCCUCUCUCUCUAUCGCGCGCCUCCUGCUCGAGCCCUCACCGCACCUGCGCCGCCGCGGACGCCUCCUACCCGUCGCCGAGAUGACGAAGCGCACCAAGAAGGCCGGAAUCGUUGGCAAAUAUGGAACUAGGUAUGGUGCUAGCUUGCGUAAGCAAAUCAAGAAGAUGGAGGUGUCUCAGCACUCCAAGUACUUCUGCGAGUUCUGUGGGAAGUUUGCUGUGAAGAGGAAAGCAGUUGGAAUUUGGGGAUGCAAGGACUGUGGGAAGGUCAAGGCUGGUGGUGCUUAUACCAUGAACACUGCGAGUGCGGUCACCGUCAGGAGCACAAUCCGUCGCUUGAGGGAGCAGACUGAAGCGUGAUCUAGUUCUUCUCUUCAGGAGUCCUGGGGUUUUGUAGUCGACUCAAGACUUGGGAAUCACUAUAUUGUUGCUAUUUGCCCGAAGAACAUCCUUUCGGCUUAUGCUUUAGGAUCACUGAAAGUAUGAUGCUAAGAUUUGUACUUGGUUGCCGUUGGAAAAUUGAUCAGUGAUCUGUGCCAAUGCCCGCUUUCAUGGCGUUGAAUUUCCUUGUAGUUUUACACUAA